CAACGCUCCGAUACCCUCACUUUCCUACUGUGUAACUCUUCACCGGAACUCCUACAACCUUUUCUACAUUCCACAGCCAGCAAUGGAAACUCUAAGAAAACUUCAACAAAGAUGGAAGCAAUCUCCCCAACCAGCUCUCAUACUGUCCAUCUGUGUGAUAUUCGUCGCAGUGGGCAUUUGCGCCACAGCAAUGACCAGAAAGAAAAGGGCUCAUACAAAACAAAUCAUCAUACAGGAAUCGAACGUCGAUGAGACGAGCAACAAAUCGGGCUGGGGUGGGAUAAAGAAGGCUUUGACGAGUUCGGUUUGUUGGAGCGAGAGGAGUAAGUUGGUGGAGCCGGAGAGCGUGAAUUUGGAUCGGAUGCCGGCGUUGCUGGCGGGAGUGAGAGAAUUGGAGUGGGGAAGGGGUAGCCCGAUAUCGCCUCUCUGGCAGAGGCGGAUACUGAUGGGGGAGCGGUGCGAGCUUCCUAGAUUCAGUGGUCUCAUUCUCUACGACGAGAGGGGCCAUCCCUUACGCCACCACCAUUCGGAGAAAGGCGCACCGCACCACUCGGAGAGAGCAGCUCACCAGGAAAAACCAGCAGCUGUUGUGACUACUCUCAGAGACCUACUGUAACCUCCUGCAUGUUGUUUUUUCACUGUAAUGAAUUCGGUUUUAAUAUGUGGGAAUACGGUUAUUAUGGCAAGUUCCCAACUGGUCGGCCAUUUCUCAUGAGAAGUAUCUUCAUGCA